UCCGGCGUGGUGCGUUCACGGUCACUAGCUCCGUGCACGGAGGGAGCCCCUCGAACCGUAGGAACCGGCCGGAAACGUCCACCGGGAGAUGAUACGGCACAUGUCCAGUGAUACUGGAGGAAACCUGAAGCUCUGCGACGUUUGAGUGUUUGCGUGUGCGCGCCUGCAUGGCGGAGUUCGGGGAGGACGGCAGGCUGCCGCCGCUGAAUCAUUUCGGGGGCUCGGCCGAGCCCAGCGACGAGGCUGCGGGCAAGACGCGCCGCGAAGUGUCGGUCCUGAACGGAGACUGCGGGACACCGGAGGACAUCAUGGUGGUCACACCUGGCAACCACGCAGCGGAAAACGCCUCGCUCGAACCGGAUGCCAAAUCUGAACUCCCACGCAGGAGCAGCAUCAUUAAGGAUGGAAGACAGCGUAAAGAAAGAAAGAAGACCGUGUCGUUCAGCAGCAUGCCCACGGAGAAGAAGAUCAGCCGUGCCAGCGAUUGCAUCAGCGCAAUGGUUGACGGGACAGAGUUGAAAAAAGUCCGAUCCAAUUCACGUGUUUAUCACCGCUACUUUCUCCUCGAUGCCGACAUGCAGUCUUUACGGUGGGAACCAACAAAGAAGGAAUCUGAAAAAGCAAAAAUCGAUGUCAAAUCCAUCAAAGAAGUUCGGACUGGCAAGAAUACGGACACUUUUCGAACCAACGGCACCUACGAUCAGAUCUCGGAGGACUGCGCUUUUUCUGUCAUCUUUGGGGAUAAUUAUGAGUCCCUGGACUUGGUGGCAAACACCGCAGAUGUGGCAAACAUUUGGACAACGGGGCUGAGGUACCUGAUCUCCUACGGGAAACAUACUUUAAAUAUGAUUGAGAGCAGUCAGAACAACUUGCGCUCAUCUUGGCUAAGUGAUCUCUUUGAUGAGGAAGAUGUGAACAACAGCAAACAAAUAGCAAUAUGUGCUGCUGUGCAGCUUAUUAAGAAGCUAAGCCCUGGACUUAAAAAUAUAAAAAUAGAACUAAAGUUCAAGGAGCUUCACAAAGCUACGGACAAAAUCGGUUCUGAUGUGACAAAAGAGGAGUUUAUUGAAGUCUUUCAUGAUGUUUGCACCAGACCAGAAAUUUAUUUCCUUUUUGUUCAGUUCUCCAGUAACAAAGAAUUUCUUGAUAGUAAGGACUUGAUGAUAUUUCUGGAGGCGGAGCAGGGAAUGGCACAAGUAAGUGAAGACACCAGCUUAAACGUUAUUCAGAAGUAUGAACCAUCCAAAGAGGGUCAGCUCAAGGGUUGGCUUUCUCUUGAUGGGUUCUCCAACUAUCUCAUGUCUCCAGAGUGCCAUAUAUUUGACCCUGAACAAAAAUCAGUUUGCCAAGACAUGAACCAGCCUGUGACUCACUACUACAUCAACGCAUCCCACAACACGUACCUGAUAGAAGAUCAGUUUCGAGGUCCCUCUGAUGUGACGGGGUACAUCCGUGCCCUUAAGAUGGGUUGUCGUUGUGUAGAGCUGGAUGUCUGGGACGGCUCUGAUAAUGAACCUGUUAUUUAUACUGGUCACACAAUGACCUCACAGAUAGUGUUUCGCAGUGUCAUUGACGUCAUCAACAAGUAUGCUUUUGUUGCCUCAGAGUUUCCACUGAUACUGUGUUUGGAAAACCAUUGCUCCCUAAAGCAGCAGAAAGUCAUGUUUCAGCACCUGAAGAAGAUUCUUGGAGACAAGAUCCACAUGGAUCCUCCCCAACCUGAGGACUGUUACCUCCCUUCCCCCUUUGAACUGAAGGGAAAGAUCCUCCUGAAGGGGAAGAAACUGGACACAACCUGCACCGCCUCAGAAGGGGAGGUGACGGAUGAGGACGAAGGGGCAGAGAUGUCUCAAAAGAUAAGCAUGGAGUCUACAGAACAGCAGACCACUACACACAAAAAAUUCCAGCUGCUUAAGGACCUUUCUGAUCUGGUGACAUUGUGCAAGUCUGUGGUUUUCAGAGACUUUCCAACAUCUUUCAAUAAGCAGAAGCCCUGGGAGCUCUGCUCAUUCAAUGAAGUAUUUGCCACUCGCUGUGCCUGUGACUUCCCAGGUGACUUUGUUAACUACAACAAGAAGUUCCUUGCAAGAGUUUAUCCAAGUCCAAUGCGGAUUGACUCUAGCAACAUGAAUCCACAAGACUUCUGGAAGUGCGGUUGCCAGAUUGUAGCAAUGAACUACCAAACUCCCGGCCUGAUGAUGGACUUAAACAUUGGCUGGUUCCGUCAGAAUGGCAACUGUGGCUAUGUUCUUCGUCCAGCCAUCAUGAGGGAGCAGGUCUCGUAUUUCAGUGCCAACACAAAAGAUUCAGUGCCUGGCGUUUCGCCACAGCUCUUACAUGUCAAAAUAAUUAGUGGGCAAAAUUUCCCAAAACCCAAAGGCUCAGGUGCCAAAGGAGACGUACUGGACCCCUACGUGUACGUGGAAAUACACGGUAUCCCUGCCGACUGCGCUGAACAAAGGACUAAAACAGUCCACCAAAAUGGGGACAAUCCCCUGUUUGACGAGAGCUUUGAGUUUCAGAUAAACCUCCCAGAGCUUGCAAUGGUGCGUUUUGUGGUACUAGAUGACGACUACAUUGGCGACGAGUUUAUUGGCCAGUACACAAUCCCCUUUGAGUGUCUGCAGCCAGGUUUCCGUCACGUACCGCUGCAAUCUCUGACGGGAGAAGUUCUGCCACACACUUUGUUGUUUGUCCAUGUAGCUAUAACCAAUCGAAGAGGAGGUGGGAAACCACACAAAAGAGGACUGUCUGUACGAAAAGGCAAAAAAAGUAGAGAGUACGCCAGCAUGAGACCGCUACAGAUUAAGGCUGUUGACGAUGUCUUUAAAACAGCCCUGCUGCCACUGAGGGAAGCAACUGACCUCAGAGAAAACAUGCAGAAUGCCAUCGUGUCCUUUAAAGAGCUAUGCGGCCUUUCAGCGGUGGCUAACCUGAAGCAGUGCAUCUUGGCUCUUUCCCCUCGGCUGACAGGACCAGACAACAGCCCCCUAAUGGUCUUUAACCUCAGUGAUCAAUACCCUAACUUGGAGCCUCAGGGCGUGCUACCAGAGUUCCUGAAGAAGGUCACCUGCACCUACGAGAUGGUGAUCCAGACCAGCAAGACCCUGCUGGAGGACUGUGAGGGCGCGUACGACAGGAUUCUACAAACUCAAAGAGCAGCCAUGGAGUUUCAUGAGAACCUGCACGACUUGGCUGUGAAGGACGGGCUGAAGGGCAGGAAGCUGCACAAAGCUCUGGAGAGCUUCACCUGGAACAUCACCAUCCUGAAGGGUCAGGCGGACCUGCUGAAACACGCCCGACUGGAAGUCCAGGAGAACCUGAAGCAGAUCCACUACGCUGCGCUCACAUGCAACCUGAGUAAAGGAGGCGCGGUGGGCGGCUCCUCCAGUUCCUCGGAGUCCAGGAGCAGACGGAGUCUGGAGGCCAUCCCGGAGAAGGCCACAGCAGAGGAGGAGCUGACAGACGAGGAGGUCUGAGGAGUUGGGCUCCACAGACCCAUCAACCAGUCCCGUCAGAGUCCACAUGAAC